AUGAACGGUAGCCCCAUAACCCAGACCAACAACCAUGCUAUCCACGAGUCCUUUCCUGGCGAUACCAUGCUGGCCGCUUCAUGGGAACGUGUCGGAACAGCUCCCCCGACGGAGGAUGGACCCCCUGCUGGGAACGACUUCGGCGCCGCCGCCGCGCUGGAGGAUGAGCUUUCCGGGAACGAAUUCGUCGGUGAUGCUCCGUUAGAGGACGUACUUGCCGGUAACGAUUCCGUCGGUGCUACCUCUGUUGGACUGCUGGCUGGCUCUGAGGAUGCGCCAGAAUCACCACCUUCGCUUGAAGGUUCGGGCGUGACCAAUGGGGGUGCGGUUGUAGUGACAGGUCCAUCGGGAUUGAAAGAUAACGACGGCAGGAAAGUCGGUACGGGAAUAAGGCCGGUUUCGAUACAAAAGCUGUCGCCAGCCGUGGGACACGCAUAUCCGAAUGGGCAGCACCCACCGUCUUCGCAAUCAUGA